UAAUAAAGACUGCUCUGGACAGCUGACGUAUUUUUCCUCAUAAAAUUUCGAUCGUGUGUGUAAUUAUGAUUAUUCUAGAUACCCCGUGUCCAUCUGGGGGUUUGUAGCAUGGCUUCUCGGCUGAAAAUUAGUGAUCAAAAUAAAACUUCGGGUUCCAAGCGAGUCUGCCAAGAGCGAUUUUCCUGCAGCGGGUCCAAAGCUGAAUUUCAUUGUUUGGAUUGUGGGACGAGACAGUGCGUCGAAUGUGAGGGACUCCUGCAUGCCAGCAACUCCAAGUUCGCGGAUCACGACCGAAGCAAAAUCCUGCAGGUCAAGUUUCCUGAAAACGUUCAGCAAUGUGGAAUGUGGUGCAGUCCUAUCAAUCCUGCAGAGUUUUCUUGUAUUGAGUGCCAGGGUGUUCUAUGCGGGGAAUGUAAUAAAAAUGUUCAUUGGGGGAAACUAACAAAACAUCACCGUCGUCCUAUUCCAAAAAAAUCUACUGACUCGGAAGUCGUGAACACAGAAGAACUGACAUCAAAAGUAUCUCCAUCAAUUAAUGACAAACUUGAGACAGGUCUUAUGUUUCACGACACUUUCUCAGAAGACUUAUCCAGUACUUCAAAGAUAUAUUCUUCAUCCACGGAUGAGGAAUUCCAAAGUGCCAUCGGUCUAGACUCACUCUCGUCCUUGCCAGUUUUGGAGAAACUUGAAAACCCAUCUGAUUUUAACAUUCACAUAACCGGGGAACAGUCAAGUAAUUAUAGACUUUCUUCAAUGGAUGAACUAUCCAGUAACGAGUUCCGCAGUCUUGAGGAAGCACUUGAAAGGUCAUCAAUUAAUCGGCAAUUAGAGGAGCGUGACCUCAUGGAUAACCAGGUUGAUGGAUCCCGAGAACCGGACACCCUGUCGUUCAGCUCUGACCAUUUCAUCCCCCAAGAAAGCUCAGUCGACACAUCCUUAAAUCCAGAAUCUAUACCCAAACGACCAACGGCAACGCCGCGUCAGAGAGAGAGAAUUACGCAAGCCCCAGCAAAACAAGAAUCAAGUCGGCAACCACUUGGAAUGCAGCCAGUCUCUCCGAAGCCAGUACAAACUUCCACAGUUAAGGACACCAGCGCCAGUCAUGUCCUGUCAGUUGCCGAUCAUCCACGGAUCGGAUCCAACCCAAAGCCAAAGCUGGUCCCAGUCUCGUUAUCCAGCUCGGGCAGAGAGAGCAACCUGAAUAAGCCGAUUGCGUCAGUGAUGGGAACAUCUCAGAAUUCAAUCAGCUCAAAUGAAGGAGACAGCGAUCAUCAGGUCGACUCACCAAGAGGAGGAAGCUUCAGCAGCAGGAAGCAAAUGAACAUUCCAGGAGUCUUGAGGGAAGAUGGAGGAGCUGUGAGAAACCAGCUCAAGGUCAAGGAGCCAACCAUCAAGUACUCCCCGGGAUUCCUGCUGGUGGAUGAAAAUGAAUUCCUUCAGGUUGAAUCGACUGAGAGGUUUGCUGAGCUUCUGGGAUGUCCCUUAUCUUCCCUCGUCAAGGUUGUCUCUAUCUUUGGCAAUACAGGAGAUGGUAAAUCCCACACUCUCAACCACACCUUCUUCGGGGGGCAAGACAUCUUCCGCACCUCUCCAGCUCAGGACUCCUGCACCAUCGGCAUAUGGGCUGCAUACGACACGGCAACAAACAUUAUCGUGACGGACACCGAGGGCCUGCAGGGGAUCUCCAACAACGAGAACCAACGAACCCGUCUGCUCCUGAAGGUCCUGGCAAUCUCCGAUGUGGUCAUCUACCGUACCAGGGCAGACCGACUCCACAGGGACCUGUUUCAGUUUCUUGGCGAUGCGUCUAAGGCGUAUAGUCGACAUUUCAAUCUAGAGUUGAAGGCGGCAUCAGACAGGGGUCAUCUCAGUGGGUCCUUGACUAGCCUCGGUCCUGCUGUCAUUGUGUUUCAAGAGACAACUCAUACUGUACCUCUAGGAGGUGUUUGUUUUGCUCUUUCCAAAGAUCAACCUUCAACUGGGGACAGCCUAACUGUAUCACCUGACGCCAUCCUGCGGGAGCGUUUUAAGGAAUACGGUCAUAACAUAGACGCAUUCAGCUGUGUGCAGUAUAUAGGGACGCAGUCUAUCUCCCCACCAACAGACUUCAGGGGACUACGCAAAGCUAUAUUGGCACAUGUACGAAACAGCAGUGUCAGGUCACCGCGUCCACCAGCAGUUGUGUACAGUGCCCUCAAGGUUCUGAAUGACAAAUUCAGCGGUGAGAUCGAUGCUACAGUCCCCUCCACUUUCCCCGAUGAGUAUUUCACCUGUUCAUCCCGCUGCUUGUCAUGUGAUGCUCGCUGUAGCUGCACCAUGAACCACACAAAGGACAACCUUAUACACUUUGCUGAGGCACGCUGUCGCUAUCAACAUCAGUAUGAUAAUGAGGUGUUUACAUGUAAGGCUUGUUAUGGGCGAGGUGAGGAAGUCUUGGUGGUCCCUAAGACUUCAUCUUCAGGGGAUACGUCUUGGCUUGGUCUCGUCAAGUAUGCUUGGUCUGGAUAUGUUUUAGAGUGUCCAAAUUGUGGGAUAAUCUACCGUAGCAGACAGCAUUGGUACGGUAACCUGGACCCUGAACAGACUGCAGUCAGGACAGAGCUUAGACAUGUUUGGCCAGGGGGUUGCACUGUACUUCAAGGUACCCAUAAUGCAGCAAGACGAGUAGUGGACGGUCUCUCCUCGGUCAUACAGACCGUUGGCUCCGUCAGCGCUCGACCAACUCAGAUGGUUACCCAGUGGAUGACCGAUCAGAUUGCACCAGCUUACUGGCGACCCAAUGCUGAGAUUAACGAAUGUCGAAUGUGUUCUCAUCCGUUUGAUGAGGGUGAGAAGAUACAUCAUUGCCGAGCUUGCGGCGAGGGUUUCUGCGAUGACUGCUCCGCUCAUCAGAUGCCUGUUCCUGAGAGAGGUUGGGGUGAUAAGCCUGUUAGGGUGUGUGAACAGUGCUACAUGAAGAAGUGCCAAGGGGGAAGUUCACCAGAGGAGUUAUUGGAACAGCCAGUAACAGCCAGGAAGAUGGGCGAGGUUGUACAAUCAACAUUCAAUGUGCUGGGGACUGCUAUGCAGUAUCCACUGGGUUUCAUGUUGGAUGCUGCCCGCCCAGCCUACUGGGUACCAGACAGUGACAUCAUCAUUUGCUCUUGCUGCCAGAUUGAGUUUACAAUCAAGAUGAGCAAGCAUCACUGUCGAGCCUGCGGGAAGGGGGUGUGCAGCGAGUGCUCCAUGAACCUGCGAACAGUGCCCUCUAGAGGCUGGGAUGAAGCAGUAAGAGUUUGCGAUAACUGCGACAAGAAACAAAGGCAGCUGUAAGUGUAUUGCGGACGGUUUGGGCUGUAGUUUAGGGUUACCUGAUUGGAGUCAAAAUGAAUAUACCCGACUCUUGAUUUUAGCAGCUUCUGAUUCUUAAUUCUGUCGUAUGUAGGGCUUUAAGAUGAACUUGAAUGAAAAACAAAAACACUGAGUAUGCGAUAACUGCGACAAGAAACAACGGCAGCUGUAAGUGGACGGUUUGGGCUCUAGCUUAGGGUAACUUGAUCGUAAGUCAAUACGUAAUAUAAUCGCUUCUGAUUCUAUUUACUGUCAAAUGGAGUGCUAAAAGACAAACUUGAAUGAAAACAACAACAAGUGAUCUUGGCUGAAUUUUAUUGAAAGUUUGGUUUUCAUGUGAUUGAACAAUUUUUUAAUUGUAAAGAAAGAACAAACAAAAAAUUGAACUCCUUUCUCCAGUGCUUUUCAGCAAUAGAUUCUCGGAAAGCCCCAUGACAUCAUCACCCAUUUGAUGUCAUUUUUUGGGGUGCUCCAUUUUGCUCAAGCACUUAGUUGCAUUACAAAGCAUCUCCAACAUCCGACUUGACAGUGUUGUCUUUUGACACGCACUGUGAAUGGCAUAAGUGUUACCACUGUAUUCUCCUGCUGAUAAGGUACUUGGUGUAUAAGGCACAUUCAUUGCAGGCCAUCUUGUCAGAUGAUGCCUGCAGAGGUCGUCCUUCAGCACGGGCGUGCCUUCGUGCACGUCACUCCUCCUGGCUCUGGGCCCAUGAAUCUUGUAUAUGCCCAGCGCCCUGUUGGACAAGCCGUCGCCAAGCAGGCCGGUCUUUUGCCAGGCAUUCCCAAUCAGCUGGUAUGCCCGCUGCUCUUAUGGUCCUUGUCACUACAUCUUUAUAGCGGAGCAGAGGGCGCCCACGGGUGUGCUUCUCUGAACAACUCGCUGUAUAGAAGGGCUUUUGGGAUGCGUUCCUCUGGCAUACGGAUAACGUGUCCAGUCCAGCGCAGCUGUAUUUGGGCCAGGAUUGAUUCAAUGGAAGACAUGUUGGCACAAUUUAGAACAGGCACAGUACUCCAAGGAUAUUGAAACCUGAUUUGGUGUUGAUGUAUAAAGCACACCGCUUAAUAAGACCCAUUAUGGUCUGACCGCCCACAAGAGACUUGCUAGGCUACUUACUGUGGUUACAUUGGCACACAUGUCUCAUUGUUUGCUUUUAGCAUUAGCCUUGUGACAAGUCUUUUUGCUCUUUAUUUUUUCCGUUUUGUGCAUUUUUAACGUGUGUUAUGCACUUUUGAUCAUAGUAUGUAAAAGGCGCAAUAUAUAUUUUAAUUACUAUAAUUGUUGUGUUGAUACAUGACACUUAACAAAACGUGAAGAGAUUGCGAUUUUUUUAACCAUAAAAAUAAGUUACAUAUCGCCUCGGUUUUAAAGAUUAGUUUCUUAUCAUUUUCAUUUUUUAAGACAUGACUU